AUGCCUCACCGACGGAGUCAACCCAGGCGGAAGGGGGCCGUCCGCACGGCUGCGACGGUGGCGGCGGCGCUGUUGUUUGGCCCAAUUCGAGCUGAGGCAUACAUCUACUCCGAGGGCGUAGAACUCCGCCGGCACGAUAUGGACAUGACGCCGUAUGUAGGAAACAACGCUGAGCCUCAGGUUUGUUUUGAGCCAGACGUUGAGUAUGUGGAGCACACCAACCUGGCAAUUGAAGGAGGCCAUGUUCAGUCCCCGUCACAAUGCCAAGAUCUCUGCCAACGCUAUGAAGACUGCCAUUUUUGGACGUGGGACGCAGUUAAGAAGAAUUGCUACUUGAAGAACUCCACCGCCCUCUUUAGUCGGCAGAAAAAUUUCGACACACGGAACAAAAUAAGCGGACCAAAAUGGUGUAUGAUGCCACAUCCUCUGCGGUGCUACGAAGUUGACGUCUCUUACGAAGGAUAUGAGGUCACCAGAACUCCCCUAACGAACAUCCGGAGUGUUCUGGACUGCCACCGAGCCUGCAUUGAAAUGGAAGAAUGCCGUUACUGGACAUGGACUGCGGACUCGCAGACGUGUCAACUGAAGAGUGCGAACGCCCUUCGGGGUUGGCGCCGAGCCUUCGACACGAUCGGAAAAAUAUCAGGAAUGAAGAACUGCGGUGUGUGUACGGAACUCGGGACGGACUACUACGGGCACGACGUCCGGCGCGUGGAAACAAAGAACGUUGUCAGCUCAGAGCAAUGCCGCGACAUGUGCAUUAAGGACGUCAACUGUUUCUUUUGGACAUGGGCGUCGGACUGGAAAAACUGCUACCUGAAGGGGGCGAACGCGUUGGAAGCGUGGCGCCGGGACAAUUCGACGCGGUCCUUAAUCUCCGGGUCUAAGUUCUGCCCAAUGGAUCGCGAUCUUCGCCUUGCUUCUCUUGCAGAAAGCCCCUUUAUCUAUCCUGCGUUCUAUGUGCAUAAUCCCCCUCCAUGUUACGAGGUCGGAGUGGAUUACGCUGGACACGACCUCGAGACAGUCGAUGACGACACAGUGCUCUCCGUCCAGGACUGCCAGCAACGAUGCCAAACGCGAGAGGGCUGCGUCUACUUUACUUUCGAUACAACCAGCAAAGUCUGCUACUUGAAGGGUGGAGGCGCGCUCCAUGACUGGACCAAGAACGACACCACUGAGCAUUUGAUCUCGGGGCCGAAGGACUGCUCCUGUUCUGCGCUUUCGUAG